AUGCAAAUUCACCUCAUUUGCUGCGUCCUUGCUUGCACGCAGUUUGAGAGUGUGGGGCCGGCAGCCCUAAGGCGAUGGGAUAUUGCGGAUCUCAUCUAUCAUUCCUACAAGCGCGAAGACUUCAAGGCCUUUGAUGAGUACCCAGCGGACUUGUUCACCCCGCUACGCGGGCCCUACUACCGAAAGCUGUCCAAAUUAACUGAGCCUGAAGCAAUUCACAUAGCUGUCAACGGAUUCCGCUCAGGUGCCCAGGAAGCAGUGAGCCAACUCUUUCCGGACUAUCCCUGGAUAGAGAUGGGUAAAUUUCUUCUCUACGAGGUUAGUUCAAUGCUGGCUGGUCGUUUACUCAUAGUACUCAAAAUAGUACUUAUGCUUAGCCAUGCCGUCAGAGAGUAA